AUUCCGCACCCGACACGAGGACGUAGCGCACGUCCGUACUCACGACCGCGACCGACGCGCCGCGCGCCCGCCAUGUUUGACGUUUUCGGCUCCGUAAAGGGGCUUCUCAAGCUCGACUCUGUGUGCAUCGACAACAAUGUGUUCCGCUUACAUUACAAAGCCACCGUGAUUAUCUUGAUCGCGUUCUCGCUUCUCGUCACGUCGCGACAGUACAUCGGUGACCCGAUUGACUGCAUCGUUGAUGAAAUCCCGCUCGCCGUUAUGGACACGUACUGCUGGAUAUACUCUACUUUCACCAUCCCGAACAGACUUAUCGGCCGCGUCGGAAAGGAUUACGUGCAACCCGGCGUCGGCCCACAUGUCGAAGGACAAGACGAAGUUAAAUAUCACAAAUAUUAUCAGUGGGUUUGUUUUGUGUUAUUCUUUCAAGCAAUCCUGUUUUAUGUUCCCCGCUACUUGUGGAAAACGUGGGAAGGAGGCCGCAUCAAGAUGUUGGUCCUGGAUCUUAACUGUCCCAUCGUUGAAGACGAGUGCAAGUCGGGUCGUAAAAAGCUACUUGUCGACUAUUUCCACACGAACUUGCACACUCAAAACUUUUACGCUUUCCGAUUCUUUAUAUGUGAAGUUCUCAACUUUAUCAACGUAGUGGGUCAAAUAUUCUUCAUGGACUUCUUUUUGGACGGAGAAUUUUCAACUUAUGGCAGUGACGUGGUCAGCUUCACAGAAAUGGAGCCCGAGGAACGCGUGGACCCGAUGGCCAGAGUGUUUCCUAAAGUAACUAAAUGCACCUUCCAUAAAUACGGUCCAUCCGGUACGGUGCAGAAAUUCGAUGGCUUGUGUGUUUUGCCAUUGAAUAUCGUCAACGAGAAGAUCUACGUGUUCCUCUGGUUUUGGUUUAUGAUACUAUCUAUCCUGAGUGGAAUUUCUUUGUUAUACCGCAUGGCCGUUGUCGCUGGACCCCGCGUCCGUCUCUACUUGCUGCGCGCACGCAGUCGCCUUGCGCCACAAGAGCAAAUCGAAGCCGUAGCCCGCAAGCUACAGAUCGGCGACUGGUUCGUUUUGUACCAACUCGGGAAGAACAUUGAUCCACUGAUUUAUAAAGAACUGAUGACCGAGCUAGCGGAGAAGUUUGAAGGAAACGACAAAGUAUAGUUACGCCGGUAUAUUAUUGAAGGACAGUUAAGUUUGGGUCGUCCGUGUGACGUGUUAGUGAACGAAGGUCCGGUCCGCGUCUCGGCCGCUUUACUUGCGUCCGUGGCGCGGACCGGGCGAGGCCGCCAAGUCGCCAGACGAGGCGGAGAAUGACCCCAUCGGCCCACUACUCAUUGUAUUCCAGAAACGCUUUAAAAUUAUGACGCCACCGGCUCCGAGUGGUCCUGACUCUUCCAAGCGCAACAUUUUGACUGAAUCGUGCCACUUGCGCGAGUGCAUUUAGCAUAACGUUUUGGAAUGUUUACUAAUAGUCGUAGCCUUUAGGUAGAUCUCGUGCCUUCGUUUUUUAUUGUAUUAUUAUACGUGUGCGAGUGUAUUGUAAUUUUGAAGGGAUGUCUCAUUGUGAUAUGUAAUUAUUAUUAAUCUAAAUAAGUGUUUAACGUGAACGAGAUUGAAAGAAUGGACAGCUAGCUUAUUGCUGCUUAGUUUAGAUAGGUAGUUAUCACUAAUGUCUUUGUUAUCGAAUGCUAUACUCGAUACGAUAAAUUAAUCGAAUUCGACAAUACUGUAAUGUUUUACUGUUUCAUAGGUACUUGUGUAUUACAUUGAUAAAUUUAGUCAUACAUGGUUGAUAUAUUUUCUGAAUAUAUUUACUUCGAAAAAAA